ACGUCUGCCCGAAGCGGAUUGGCUGGGACCUGAAGAAGGGGGCGGGGCCGGACGAGGCGGCGAGGAAAAAAUGGCGGCCGGCAUCCGGGAAAAACAGACGGUGGCUCUGAAGCGUAUGUUGAAUUUUAAUGUGCCACCUGUUAAAAACAGUACAGGUGAACCAGUAUGGAAAGUUCUUAUUUACGACAGAUUUGGCCAAGAUAUAAUAUCUCCAUUAUUAUCAGUGAAAGAAUUAAGAGAUAUGGGCAUUACUCUCCACCUUCUUCUGCACUCCGAUCGAGACCCCAUUCCAGAUGUUCCAGCGAUAUAUUUUGUAAUGCCAACUGAGGAAAAUGUUGACAGGCUGUGCCAGGAUCUUAGAAAUCAACUUUAUGAAUCUUACUUUUUAAAUUUUAUUUCUGCUAUUUCAAGAAGUAAACUGGAAGAUAUUGCAAAUGCUGCUUUGGGUGCCAGUGCUGUAACGCAAGUUGCUAAGGUUUUUGACCAAUAUCUCAACUUCAUUACUUUGGAAGAUGAUAUGUUUGUACUGUGCAAUCAAAAUAAGGAGCUUGUUUCAUAUCGUGCCAUUAACAGACCGGAUAUAACAGAUACAGAAAUGGAGACCAUCAUGGACACAAUUGUUGACAGUCUUUUUUGUUUUUUUGUUACACUUGGGGCUAUUCCAAUAAUCAGAUGUUCAAGAGGAACAGCAGCAGAAAUGGUAGCUGUGAAACUAGAUAAGAAACUCCGAGAGAACCUCAGAGAUGCCAGAAACAGCCUUUUCACAGGUGAUACACUUGGGGCUGGACAAUUCAGUUUCCAGAGACCUCUUUUGGUACUUAUUGAUAGAAACAUAGAUUUGGCAACUCCUCUGCACCACACCUGGACCUACCAAGCUUUAGUGCAUGAUGUGCUGGAUUUUCAUUUGAACAGAGUUGUUUUGGAAGAGUCUUCGGGAAUGGAAAAUUCCCCAGCAGGCGCUAGACCAAAGAAAAAAAAUAAAAAGUCAUAUGAUUUAACUGCAGCUGAUAAAUUCUGGCAGAAACACAAAGGAAGUCCUUUCCCAGAAGUGGCAGAGUCAGUUCAGCAAGAGCUAGAAUCUUACAGAGCUCAAGAAGAUGAGGUCAAGAGACUUAAAAGCAUAAUGGGGCUAGAAGGUGAAGAUGAAGGAGCAAUAAGUAUGCUUUCUGAUAACACUGCUAAACUAACAUCAGCUGUUAGCUCUCUUCCAGAGCUUCUAGAAAAGAAGAGGCUCAUAGAUCUGCAUACAAAUGUGGCAACAGCUGUUCUGGAACAUAUAAAGGCACGAAAACUAGAUGUGUAUUUUGAAUAUGAAGAAAAGAUCAUGAGCAAAUCUACUUUAGAUAAAUCCCUUUUGGACAUGAUUUCUGAUCCUGAUGCUGGAACUGCUGAAGACAAGAUGCGCCUAUUUCUUAUAUAUUACAUUAGUUCUGUACAGCUGCCCUCUGAGGCAGAUUUGGAACAGUACAAAAAAGCACUGACAGAUGCAGGAUGUAAUCUUAACCCCUUAAAUUACAUUAAACAAUGGAAAGCUUUUGCCAAAAUGGCUUCAGCUCCAGGUACCUAUGGAAACAGUGCAGCUAAGUCAUUGGGCCUUUUCUCACGGGUCAUGAAUACAGGGUCCCAGUUUGUGAUGGAAGGUGUCAAGAAUUUAGUACUAAAGCAGCAGAAUCUUCCAGUCACACGUAUUUUAGACAACCUCAUGGAAAUGAAGUCAAAUCCUGAGACAGAUGACUACAGGUAUUUUGACCCUAAGAUGUUGCGAGGCAGCGACAGCUCAAUUCCAAGAAACAAAAAUCCAUUUCAGGAGGCAAUUGUCUUUGUAGUUGGAGGAGGCAAUUACAUUGAAUACCAAAAUCUUAUUGAUUACAUAAAGGUCAAACAAGGUAAACAUGUCUUAUAUGGCUGCAGUGAACUGUUUAAUGCUGCACAGUUUAUAAAACAGCUUUCCCAACUUGGGCAGAAAUAGGACAGAAGAUACUUUUUGGACAUUUUGGCACUGUGAAGAAAAGAUCAUGGCAGCAGUUAAUAUCUUAACCUAUGCUUAAAAUUUAAAUGUCAACUGAUUCAUUAAAUUGGUAAUUUUUAUGUAAGAAUGUUCUGUACUUGUAUAUAUAAUUCAUACCAUGCAGAAUAAUACUCUUCAAAUAAAUCACAACACUUGGACUAAC